UGCCAAAUGAGGUGGACUAGUACAGUUUACACAGAAGGCCGGCGGAUAUGUAGAAGAUGAUCUACAAGGACAAAAAAUGGCGCUUGAUACCAAAUUCAUUAUCACAUUCACCUUACUUUCACUUCUCUUCCUUGUUCUUUUUCUAUCUCCAAUAAAUCAAACCCACAAUAUUCUUUCUUCCUCCAGUUUGCCAUUACCUUCAAUCUUCAGACGUCUGCAAGAUGACGCUGAUCAACCCAAGAUCAAAGAAAAUGACAUUACAUUGGCAAGAAUCGAAGAACAGUUAGCUAAGGCAAGAGGUAAAAUUCGCAAAGCGAUUGUUGAGAAGAGCUUUGCAUCGAGUCAAAUAAAUGGGAGUUUCAUCCACCAUAAAACCGUCUACAAGAACCCGUUUGCCUUUUUUCAGAGUCAUACGGAGAUGAUGAAGACAUUCAAAAUAUGGACUUAUAAGGAAGGAGAUGUCCCAUUGAUGCAUAAUGGUCCGAUGAUAUUUGUAUACAGUAUCGAGGGUGACUUCAUCGAGGAAAUGGAGAGAAAAGGAAAUCCAAUGGUGGCUAAGCAUCCCGAUGAAGCACAUGCCUUCUUUAUCCCCCAUAACAACGGAGCUGAUCACUUCUUUGUAUCAUGUCAUGAUUGGGGCCCAUUUGUUUCAAAAGGAAACCCUAAACUCUUCGAGAAUUUCAUAAGAGUGCUUUGCAAUGCCAACAGCUCGGAAGGUUUCGUUCCAAGUCGGGAUGUGUCGAUGAGUGAGAGUGGAAUACAUGGUUUUGUAAGAAAACGUUUAUUCGAACAUUGGGGAAACAAUGAAGAUAACGAUAUUCAAGUUUACAAUUACCUUCCGAAAGGAGAAAACCACACCGAAUGGUUGACAAAAAUAAUCAUCAAGAGUCAUUACGUUAUACCGUAUAGCGAUGUGUUGGAUUGGAGUCAGUUUUCAGUACAAGUACCCGUGGAUGACAUUCCAAAUCUCAAAACCAUUUUGGAAGAGAUACCUUUUUCGAGUUCGCUCUUUCCUGCGUAUUCUUUCUGCCUUUUCUCUCAUUCUCUCCAUCGACUUCGCCGGUCUUUCUUACACCACAAUCGCCGCCGUCCAAACAUCCAUUGCACAAACCACCGCCAUCCAAACCUCGGUUGCUACCAAUACCGGCGACCUAGACUUCCAUUACCGACGACCAAGAGGAGACGAUCCUACCUCAAUUCCGGAAUUUUUACCCAUUUAAGGUUGUGUUGCUGUUGGAGUUGUUACCGGAGUUGUUGCCGGAACUGUGGAAUUUCUGCCGGAAAAUUUUGA